CGCCCCGGCGCCACUUCCGGGCCCGCCCCUUCAAUGAGGAAGCGGUGAAUGAGCCACUACUUUUGCCGGGUGAUUGGUUCCUGGCCUCUCCGCUCGACUGCUGCGCGGCUCGCAAUCUUUCCGUGCAUGGACCGCACGUGUGAAGAGAGGCUCGCGGGGGAUAGGAGCGACGAGGGCGACCCCGACUCCACCGAAGUCGCGGCCCGGAUCCGUGACACCCCGGAAGACAUCGUUUUGGAAGCUCCGGCCAGUGGGCUGGCGUUCCAUCCGGCCCGCGACCUAUUGGCGGCGGGGGACGUGGACGGGGACGUGUUCGUCUUUUCCUAUUCCUGCCAAGAGGGGGAAACCAAGGAGCUCUGGUCCUCAGGUCACCACCUCAAAUCCUGCCGUGCUGUGGUCUUCUCUGAAGAUGGGCAGAAACUUAUUACUGUGUCCAAGGACAAAGCCAUUCAUGUUCUAGAUGUGGAGCAAGGCCGACUAGAAAGACGCAUUUCCAAGGCUCAUGGUGCCCCCAUCAACAGUCUGUUGCUGGUGGAUGAGAAUGUUCUGGCCACUGGGGAUGACACAGGUGGCAUCCGGCUCUGGGACCAGCGGAAGGAAGGCCCCUUAAUGGAUAUGCGGCAGCAUGAGGAGUACAUUGCUGACAUGGCUCUGGACUCAGUCAAGAAGCUGCUGCUGACAGCCAGUGGGGAUGGCUGUCUUGGUGUCUUCAAUAUUAAGCGACGCCGGUUUGAGCUGCUUUCAGAACCUCAGUCUGGAGACCUGACCUCUGUCACGAUCAUGAAAUGUGGGAAGAAGGUGGUUUGUGGCUCCAGUGAGGGUACCAUCUACCUCUUCAACUGGAAUGGCUUUGGGGCCACAAGUGACCGCUUCGCACUGAGAGCCGAGUCCAUCGACUGCAUGGUUCCAGUCACUGACAGUCUGCUAUGCACUGGCUCCACUGAUGGAGUCAUCAGGGCUGUGAAUAUCCUGCCGAACCGAGUGGUGGGCAGCGUGGGACAGCAUGCUGGAGAGCCUGUGGAGGAGCUGGCCCUCUCCCACUGUGGCCGCUUCCUGGCUAGCAGUGGCCAUGACCAACGCCUCAAGUUUUGGGACAUGGCCCAGCUGCGGUCUGUGGUGGUAGAUGACUACCGUCGGCGCAAAAAAAAAGGAAGACCGCUGCGGGCGCUGAGCAGCAAGGCCUGGAGCACUGAUGACUUCUUUGCAGGACUGAGGGAGGAGGGAGAAGAGAGGGAGGAAGAGGAGAGUGAAGAUGACAGUGACUGAGGGAAUGAGCUAAAUCUCAAGGCAGGUCCUCUGGGCAAGAGUUAUGCUUCCUGGGCUGGAUUCCCGGAGAGGCUACGAAUUUAUCGUACCCUAUUGUGCAGUGCAAGGAGAUUGGGAGACAGAGGCUCAGGACUCAGGGCACCAAUGUGGGGAAGUAGAGCUGCUCACUCUCCUCGUGGAAGCCCCCAGCUGGGGCAAGACAGCACGGACACAGGUAUACACUAACCAGGGGUUUAAUAUAAAUACAACCAGCAUAGAAAAAAUGAACAAUACACAUAUACCAAAACCAGAAUGCCAAGUGGUGGGGACAAAAGGCAGAUUUCUGACCCUUUGGCUCAGCCGGCCCCCAAAUAAAAACCAACAAAAACAAA